UCAACUCGCAAAUUCUGAUCGACUUGGAACUCCGACAAAAAUAAAAUAAUAUAAUUUUAUAAAAGUAACUAACUAACCUCGAGUUUGCAAGGUUGUGAAUACGAUAUUCCAGAUCAGGGCACACAGCGGUUAAUAAGAUGAGACAACAGACAUCUUUACAAAUGUACUAAGUUGAGACCGCUAUUUUAGAUCUAAAGCUAGUUUUAAAGGUUUAGGAUGUCCUCGAAAGAAGAGAAUACUAGUUUAGAAGCGGAAGAGUCUUUGUUAUACUCUGCACGCCAUGGAGAGCUAUCUGUGGUUAAAGCACUUUUGGACGCGAAGAAAGAAGGAAAACUGACUUUGGAUAUAAACUGCAAAGGUAAAAGUAAAAGCAACCUAGGAUGGACACCACUCCACUUGGCAACAUACUUUGGUCACAAAGAAGUGAUAGAAGCAUUGAUGGAAGCAGGUGCAGAUGUGGACGAAGUAAAUGACAGUGGAGACACAGCUUUACAUAAAGCUUCGUUUAUUGGGAAUGAGGAAUUGUUAAUCCUUCUGUUAAACUAUAAAGCGGACUUGAACAUAAUGAAUGGGGAAGGCAAGACGGCGAUUGACGUGUGCAAGACACAAGACGUGCAGAGGCUUUUAGAGGCUGCUAGGUUAGCGGAGCGGAGGGACAGAGAGAGGAAACUGUUGAAUGCUGCCAGAGAGGGACGGGUGGAUGAAGUGCAGGAAUUGCUAAGCUCAAACUCCGCAAGCAUAAACUGCGUGGACGCUCAGGGCAAUACGUGCUUGCACUGUGCUGCGUACCGCGGAAACGCCAGGGUGGCAGUGCUACUGUUGCAGAACGGCAUCGAUACUACGCUGAGAAAUAAUAGUGGUAAGCUCGCAAUAGACCUAGCGAAGGACAAUGAAAUGCAGAACGUCCUGAACGUUCGUCCCGUGCAGAGGUUACAGCGGACAGCUGCGAGAUUCGAGGGGCCGCUCUUGAAACGAUCGCGGUUUCUUGGAUGGCGCCCGAUUUGGGGUGUGCUCCAACGCGGCGUGUUCCUCUACUACGGAUCGAGAGAGGACGCAGCCAGCGAAGUGGGUAGAUGGCGGGAGCGCAAGUACUUGGACGGCGCUAAGCUGAAUGCUCCGGACACCGAACCCGCACUCUUCGCGAUCAAAUUCAGCGACGGCGACAACUAUCGACUUGCUGUGACAGAGGAAGAAAGCGUCCACGCGUCUAGACAGUCGUGGAUCACAGCGCUGAAGGACCACAUCGCAUACUCCAGUCACUACCUGUGGGCCGGUGCGACUCCCGACUCUGCUCGGGAGGCCACGGAGGACCUAGAGGAUGAGUGCAAACCACUUGGCUCGAUGCAAGACGCGCUUACCACAGCAACUAACAGCCUGGCGUUGCUUGACACCCAGUUGCGCGAGUGUGCCGCGAUAGUCGCCGCUCUAGACAAGACCGUCAAUGUCGGCAAUUCCUUACACCACUCCGCUUACAUGAGGUUUCAACACGCCUGCGGCUCGGGACAGGCGGCGCUCGCGGCGUUGCGCCACUGCGCCGUACUGGUGGCGCAAAAUCGUGACCGCGACAAACAUGCUCUCGCGACACAGAUAGAGAGAAACAGGGUGCUCGAAGAAGCGUUAGCGGCCUUAGCGAGGACGCAUCAUGCGCUUGAGAUGUCAGUGGCGGAAGAACUUACUAAGAGCAAGAGAAAAAAGAAAAACUCCCAAUCGAAUAACGACUCAAAAGAAAACUUCUACGACGUGUACGAAGAUUCCGAUGACGACACGCUGGUAACGGCUGGCUUGUCCAGUCCCUUGGGAGCGCUGAGUCCUUGGGGUAGCAGCCCUGACCUCACCAGGCGAACCCCUAUCGGCAGUGUCGAUGGCGAUGGUGAAAGAACACCAACUAACGAGGAUCGCGAAGACUUUGACCGCCGCCUCUCGCUGGCGUCCUACUCGUCGGGGUCGCCACAGUCGCUGCACACGGCCCUAAGCCCGGCCAGCUCGCGGGGCACCUUGGUGUCCCAGGGCGGCCACGUGUACCGGAACGCGAGACCCUACAAGAAGAACAUAAAGCCCAGUUCGGAAUGGUCCCUUUGAUUUUGGUUUUCAUCUGUUACCAUUAAGUUGAAACAUGUGUACCGAUUUACCUGAAUAAGCCAUAUAUAUUUUUUUUUAUACAAAUUAUUACACUCAAUGCAAAAUAGAAUAGUAUUAAAAACAUGCAAUGCCAACUUAAGAUUGCUUUUAUACUAACUGUUGUACUAAUAGUAUGGAUUGACUGUGUAUCUUUGAUCAAUAAUGUGCUAAAUAUACAGAACCAUACAAAAUCUAGCACAAAAACUGUCUUCGUCUGAUCUCCGCAAGGAUCGGGCUAUCAAAAAAAGUUUCAGGAUAUAUAAAAUUUUUUUAGCUAAGUCCAUUCAAACGAAUAAGCUUUCAACCCCUUUUUGAGUGGAAUUUAUAUCAAUCUUGAAACAAGUAUUUUAAUUGCUGACCUAAAUAGCUAGUAUUUAGGUCAGCAAUUAAAAUACUUUCGGAUUUUCAUAAUUUUCAUCCCCUAAGGGUUGUAAAUUUAAAAAAGUUAUAUAGUUGAUAUUUGGGCUAUUAAAUGCAAAAAAGAGGUUUUCUCAAAACAAACUGCUAGUUCCUGAGAUUAUUAUGUUCGAAUACACAAACCAAACAAACUCGUCGGCUUAGUCAUUAUUUUUAACUAUAGAUUAUAGUUAGUGCGUUAUUGAUCGAAGUUGUGAGUUUCCCUAUUUAACCCCUUUGGGUGUGGAAUUUAUAUAAAUCCUGAAUUAAUUUAAAAAUUAUUUUAAUUGCUAAUUAACAACUUUCUUCGGUAUAACUUUAAA